AUGGUCUGCCAGAAAGUAGUUGUCAAUGAAGUGUCCGGUUGGCUUAGAGUCUUCGACGACGGCUCAGUCGACCGAACAUGGACUGGACCUCCUCAGGUCGAGUUCAUGACUGAGUCCGUCCCACCCCAUGACGACUUCAUUGACGGAGUUGCAACCCGUGAUGUUUUCGUCAACAAAAACCUCCGCCUACGAAUUUAUCUGCCGGAAACAAACCCCGAGGACGAGAGCAAGCUGCCCAUAAUACUUCACCUCCACGGAGGAGGCUUUUGCAUAAGCCAAGCUGACUGGUACAUGUACUACCACAUGUACACCAGGCUUGCUCGCUCCGCCAAAGCCAUCUGUGUCUCCGUCUACCUAAGGCUGGCGCCCGAGCACCGCCUCCCUGCUCCCGUGAACGAUGGCUUCUCUGCUCUUCUCUGGCUCCGUUCCCUAGCCAAAGGCGAGUCAUACGAGCCGUGGCUGAUCAAUCACGGCGACUUUAACCGUGUUUUUCUUAUAGGAGACAGCUCAGGCGGUAACCUCGUACAUGAAGUUGCCGCCCGAGCUGGGAAGGUGGAUUUGAGUCCGCUAAGGCUAGCGGGCGGGAUCCCAAUCCACCCGGGUUUUGUUCGGGCAGUGAGGAGCCGGUCGGAGUUGGAGCAGCCAGAGUCGCCUAUGCUUACCAUUGACAUGGUGGACAAGUUUCUGAGCUUGGCAUUGCCGGUGGGGUCCACAAAGGACCAUCCGAUAACUUGUCCAAUGGGUUAUGGAGCACCGGAUUUGAAUAGCCUGAAGCUGCCUCCGUUUCUUCUUUGUAUUGCAGAGAGGGACAUGAUUAUAGACACAGAGAUGGAGUACUAUGAGGCUAUGAAGAAAGCUAGGAAGGAAGUGGAGCUUUUGAUCAGUCCUGGGAUGUCUCAUAGCUUUUAUCUUAACAAGAUUGCUGUGGAUAUGGACCCACAAACAGCUGCCCAAACUGAGGGGCUCAUUUCUGGGAUCAUAGAGUUCGUCAAUAAGCACUGA